GAUUCCAAAUUUAUGAAAAUUGCAACAAUUGGAUCCUUUUCGUUAAAUUGUCUCCAACGACGUUAGUGUGUGUUUGACGUGACACGAUGUAGUCAGUUUCUUAAUUGACGUGGCUGACUGAAGUAGGGGCAGUUCAAGUACGUGGAUAAUUCAAUUUUACAAGUAAAAAGAAAAUGAAAGUUUUAAACCAAAAUUGGGAUUGAGAUUGUUGUUUUAUCGAAUUAGGAUUGGGAUUCUUCUAAGUUCUUCUAGGGUUCGUCCAAAGUUCAAUCCAUUUCACAAAUUGGCCAUUUUGGGGAUUUAGGGUUUAAUCCAAGUUGUGCUUGAAGAUGCAUUCCUGUUCGUCUUCGUCAUGCAGUGGGUGGUGGAAGCAAGACAGUAAUGUGGUCUGUGGUGGUGCUCGAGGAGGAUGUAGUAAUGGUGGUCCAUUUUGCUAUUGUGGGAUGAAAUAUGUUGUCAGAACUGCAAGAACAGUUAAGAACAGAGGCAAGCAAUUUUGGGGCUGCCCUAAGUUCAAGAAUGGUGGUGAAGAUGGUGGUUGCAAUUAUUUCACAUGGUGUGCAGAUCAUGGGGUUGUUGAAACGGAAACGAGUGCAAAGUGUGAAGGCAAGUCUGAGUCUUUGUUGAACAGAGAAGCAAUGGAAGGUGGAUGGAAGAUUAUAAGUGAUUUGGACUUGUUAGUGAAGAAAUUGGGAAAUAAGCUUAAUGUCUUGUUAGGGAUUGUUUGUGUUCUUGUUGUGGUGAACAUUAUUAUACUUACAAUAGUGUUUUUUCGUUCAUAGGAAUGAUUUCAUUGUACUUAUGAUGGAAUGUACUUAGGAUGCAAUGAACCAAAGUUAUUUUGACUAUAAAAGUUUGUAUUGUUUGUAACUUUUGGUAAGAAAGUAAUUAAAAGUAUUGAUUGAA